UCAAAAUAGAAUAUGGGAAGCAAUCUUUUCACCACUGACAGAGUUCUAGAGGCCGUCUUUCCACUCCACCCAUUCCCAUUUCAGCAAAGGAAGAACACAUGAAUUUUAUGUUUACAUUGACGGUGGCGACGUUUGCAGCCGUCGUUGCCAUCCUCUUCUCGCUCCAAAUCCCUUUUCUCAAGCUAAAUCAGGUAUUUGAGCCGCCGCAGAUUCCAGGAACCCACGACUAUCUUCAUUCCGCCACCGUCAUCCCAGUCACCGGAGCAAUCGGACCGGAGAGCCUGGUUUUUGAUCCGAAUGGAGAAGGCCCCUAUACUGGCGUCGCUGAUGGCCGGAUUCUCAAGUGGCAAGGCGAUGGCCGUGGCUGGAUUGAUUACGCUGUCACUAGCUCUCAGAGGAGUGAGUGUGUUAGGCCAUUUGCACUUGAAUUGGAGCAUAUAUGUGGGAGGCCAUUGGGACUACGUUUUGAUAAGAUAACUGGCGAUCUCUACAUCGCCGACGCCUAUCUCGGCCUUCAUGUAGUGGGACCUGGUGGAGGCUUGGCAACAAAACUUGUGAGUGAAUUUGAAGGCAUCCCACUUCGCUUCACAAAUGAUCUUGAUAUUGAUGAGGACAGUGAUACCAUAUACUUCACUGACAGUAGCACAGUUUUCCAAAGAAGGCAGUUCAUGGCAUCAAUCUUGAGCGGAGAUAGAACAGGAAGGUUACUUAAGUACCACCGAGCUAGCAAACAAGUUACGGUUUUACUACAAGGCCUUGCUUUUACCAAUGGAGUUCAGCUAAGCAAGGACCAUUCCCAUGUGCUUGUUGCUGAGUCCACCUCCGGCAGGAUCCUCAGAUAUUGGCUUCAAGGCUCUAAAACAGGAAAUUUGGAUGUCCUCGCUCAGCUUCCGGGCUUUCCCGACAACAUUAGAAGGAAUUCCAAAGGCGAAUAUUGGGUUGCUCUGCAUUCCAAAAAGGGAAUUGUUGGGAACUUGGUUGCUUCAACCUCUUGGCUUGGGAAGCUGCUGUUGAAGCUUCCUUUAGACUUCAAGCAAUUGCAUGCGUUGGUGGUGGGAGGGAAGGCUCAUGCCACUGCUGUUAGGUUGAGUGAGGAAGGAAAGGUUUUGGAGAUAUUGGAAGAUUGUGAAGGGAAAACUUUGAAGUUCAUUAGUGAAGUGGAAGAGAAGGAUGGGAAGCUGUGGUUUGGGUCGGUUCUAGUGCCGUUUGUGGGCGUUUAUGAAUCGAAGUAGAGCCGUUCGUCGUUCGAAUAAAUAGUUCGCUCUUGUUUCUCGUGAUUAUAGUUUUCCUUUUCGAAAUAGAGUAACUUUUGUGUAGAAGAUCGUAAAAAAGCGUGGGAAGAAGUAUAAGUUCUUGUUCAUCUAACUUUUGGUUAAUAUAUUUGGGUUUUGAAUC